UCAUGUCUUUACGUCUUAAUAGUAUUUACAUACUUUUACUUUUUGUCGUAUCCAGUUUUUUGAUGCAGUCGUAUCGUAUUAUGCCAGCGAUUUACAUCGAAGGGAUUUAAUGACAGUUCGAUUAGUCUUUCUCUUUCGGAAGCAUCGGUUCUAGCUAGUGCUAUCCUUUUCUUAGUUACUGAGACCACUAUUUUUAAUUGUUUGAAUUAAAAUGCGUGGGAGAGUAAAUUGAGGUUAUGCAUUGCUUUUUUGUAAUAAAAAUAUUUAUUAUUAGAAUAUGAAUUGACUAUUCCCUGAAUGAAAAAAGGAACAAAAUGGCCUUACUUGGAGCCCAACUUGUAAUAACCCUGAUAAUGGUGUCCGUAAUACAAAAACUAGGGAGCUAUUCAUUCGCGAGAUGGUUAUUAUGUUCGCAAGGUUUAUAUCGUUACUUGUAUCCUGAUAACCAUGAGCUGAAAGCUUUGGCAGGAGUGCCAAAAGACAAGUUGAAAGGUAAAAAGGGGGGUAAAAGUGAAGCUAAUGGGAAACCUGAGACGUUUCAUGUGCCCAGAAGCUUGGAUAUUCAGCUUGAGACUGCCCCAGUGACACCUCUUGAUGUAGUACAUUUAAGGUUUUAUACCGAGUAUCUGUGGAUAGUAGACUUCUCUUUAUACACAAGUAUUGUGUAUAUUAUGUCAGAGGUGUACACAUCAAUAUUCCCACUGAAGGACGAGUUCAAUUUGAGUAUGGUGUGGUGUUUCCUGGUUGUUUUAUUUUCACUUAAAAUCCUGUUAUCGCUAACAAAGCAGUACUUCACAAGCGAGGAGUCAAUCGGUGAGCGUUCCACCUGCAUCGUGGCGUUCUGUAUAUUCCUGCUGGUCGCCAUGAUGGUACUGAUAGUGGACGAGUCGAAUUUAGAAGUGGGAGUGGAUCCCGCGUACGACAUCUUCAAUGAGAACGCUUCGAAGUUUCUAGAAAAUCAGGGACUGUCCUCUGUGGGACCAGCAUCCAAAUUGAUAAUGAAGCUGAUGUUUGCAUUCUGGGCCGCUGUCAUCGGCACGCUUUUCACUUUUCCUGGUUUACGAGUUGCUAGAAUGCAUUGGGAUUCUUUGAGAUACUACGGCGACAACAAAUUAAAAGCGCUACUUCUAAACGUGAACUUCGCAAUGCCAUUCGUGUUGGCGCUACUUUGGAUACGACCUAUAACGAGGCAUUACCUCACUGUGAGGGUCUUCAGUGGCAUGGAGAAGCCUCUAAUGAGGCCUGAAGCGUUCGACACACUACGCAUAGUAUUGGUGGUUCUAACAGCGGUACUGAGGUUGUAUCUGAUGCCCAAACAACUGCAGGCCUACCUCGACAUGGCGCAGAGAAGGUUGGAUGUGCAGAAGAAAGAGGCUGGCAGGAUAACUAAUAUCGAUUUGCAGAAGAAGGUAGCCUCAGUAUUUUACUACCUAUGCGUGGUGGCUCUACAGUACAUUUGUCCAGUGGUAAUAUGUCUGUAUCUAGCCGUGAUGUACAAAACCUUAGGAGGGUAUACCUGGUCAGCACUGUUCUUUGAGACGCAGGAGACGUGCAGUGCUGCGUCUGCGCCGGUAUCCUCGAUAGCAGAAGAUGGCACAGAGCAAUAUCAAUUGGCUUGGGAAAAUUUGAAAAUGGUGUUCCCGGCGGGCGUGCUGCGCGGCGCGCUGGGGUUCGGCACGUGGUGGAGCUGCUGCGCCUGGUUCCUCACCACGGCGCUCGGCCUGGCCUACCAGACCUACUUCACGAUGCAAUGAUUUCAAAUCAAAUCAAAUCAUUUAUUUGUUAGAAUACAAUUUUAACAAUCAGAUGGUCACGAUAUAAUUAAGUACCUACAUGCAUUCUGCCUUAUAAUCAAGCGUACAAAUAUUUGGAUGUCAGUUAUCUAAAUCCUAAUUUACAAUCGGCGCUUAAUUAAAAUUCUGUUACAAAUAAGUUGAAUAAUUUAAAAUGUCAUUGAUUGAUUUGUAUGUUAUAUAUGUAUAUAGUUAGUCUCUCGUGCUGUUCGUUUAGGAAGCGGUACUGUGAUUUUUUAGGUAUUGAAAUUAAAGUCUUCUUGAUAAAGUAUGUAAGCCAAAUAGCUGAACGUGGCCUAUCAGUCUUUACAAGACUGUUGGCUCUGUCUACCCCGAAAGGGAUAUAGACGUGAUUAUCUAUGUAUACAUAAAGUAUGUAAGUAACGAAAUUGAUUUAUUUGCCAUAAAACUACGUUUUGUACUAAUUCAAAGGCUAAAAAUAGAUUUAAAACAUUAAAAUUUUAUAAAUUUAAUGUUUUGCUUGUUUUUAUUUUUUUUGUUAAAUAAUGGAGAAGCUUCUAUCUACAAUUUUAUAACUUAAGGUUGUAUUUAGAUUAAAGACAUCUUUGAAUGUAACAUAGUACUCUUCCUAAAUAAAUAUCAUUGAGAAUGGUGUAUUGUGCAAAUUUUUCAUUAUGCAAUAGUGAAGAUGAGUUAUUUUUUAUAAUUCAUUAAGAAAGAACUGUUAAAAUCGUUCGGUUUAUUUCAUACCUGACGUAUGAUGUAAAUUAUUUUUUUUUAAGGUCAAAAUUAAAGAAUUGACUUGUGAAAAUCUGCACAGCUCUGACCGAUUGAUAUAAUUGUUUCGGACUGAUAUGUUGUUACAUGUUUGAAUUACCAAAGUAUUUUAUAUGAAUUGAAUGAAUUAAAUAAGGACGGCUUUUCAUAAAAUUGCGAUCAAAUUAUAUGGAAUUCCAACCCUAUAUUCUUUUGCUUAUAGAUAAGUAGUUAUUUAAAUUUACUUAUUAAAUUGUAUUGCAUUUUUAUCAAUUCACUUUUGAAUUACCUGUCACUUUUAGUUACCAGUUUAUUUUAAGUAUAAAAUGAAAACCAUGGGUGUCAUAUCUGUAAAAAAGAAUAAUUAAAAAAGAAAGUUUCGAUGAGUUGUCGAAAUGUCUUACAUGCUAUUAAUAGCUUAGACAAUUUGUGUUCAAUUACUGGCUCGUACAAUGAAAAACAGUAAAAUAUCUGAGACUCGACACCCUAUUGGCAUGAUAAUUUUUUUUACAGGCUGGACCUCAGGUAAUAAGGUCACCGCUCCGCUUUUUAUUAAAAAGAAUAUAAAAAAAAUAAAACGGAUUGGAUAAAGCAUAAAUUAAUCACAAAAUAAGUAAAAUAUUAAACGAAACGAAUGUGUUUUCUGUAAUUUUAAUGUUUUUCAUUAUUUGUACUGGAAACGAAUCUCAUAUUAAUUGGACUAUCAGUACCUAUUUACGUUGACACUAAGAACAAUCUGCAUUCAAAUAACGGCUUCUGUGGUGCAGCGGUAGUGCGCUUGUCUGUGACACCCGAGGUCCCGGGUUCGAAUCCCGGUCCGGGCAUGAUGAGAAAUGAACUAUAUCUGAUUUGCCUGGGUCUUGGAUGUUCUUUAAAAGUAUUUAUUGUUUUUAUAUAGAAUAUAGUAUCGUUGAGUUAGUAUCUCGUGUCUCGAACUUACUUCGAGGCUUACUCAAUCUGUGUAAUCUAUCCCUUUAUUUAAUUACUUAUAAAAUAAGUAUGUACCCACUCUGAACAGGAAGAGCAAGAGGAUGAUUUCAGGAGUGUGAAAGCCAUUUGAUAAUGUAAAGAACUGAAAAUGAAGUAGCAAUGUAAUAAUUUAAGGUAGGUAUUACGACUGUUUUUAAUAUUGUUUGUUUUUUAUGUGAUAUGGAAUGUUUUAAAUAAAAUUGUGUUUAAAAUUUA